GACUUCUGGUACGGUGAAGCACGAGAGGCAUUACUACGACGUUUACCGGAGGGCAGGCGUCCUCACGCUCGCAACGUGGUACUGAUGGUGGGGGACGGCAUGGGGCUAGCCACCCUCACGGCGGCCAGACUGUUCCGUGGUCAGCGUCAAGGAAAGUUGGGUGAAGACACGGAGUUGGCAUGGGACCGAUUUCCAGCAGUCGCAUUGGCUAAGACAUACAACAUGGAUGCCCAAAUAGGGGAGUCCAGUGCCUGCGCUACAGCGCUUCUAUGUGGGGUCAAGGCGAACUUUGAGACUGUUGGGUUGGAUGCUAGAGGGCGCUUUGAAAAUUGCAAGUCCAGCGUCAACUCUAAAGUAGAGUCCUUGGUGGAUUGGGCACACCGUGAAGGAAAGGCGACUGGUAUUGUGACUAAUACCCGAGUCUCUCACGCAACUCCUGCUGCUCUCUUCGCUCACUCGGCGAGCCGUUACUGGGAGGAUGACAGCAAAGUGCCACCGGGUGCCAGGAAGGUGUGCAAGGACAUCACCCGACAACUGGUCGAGAAUGAGCCGGGCAGAAGUAUCAAUGUUAUCCUGGGAGGUGGUCGGCGUCAUUGGCUACCUAAAGUUACGAGGGACUUGGAGCAAGUAACGGACGAAGGCAGACGUUUGGACGGUCGAAACCUGGUAGAAGACUGGCUCAGAGAUAAGAAGAAAAGAGGGGUGAAGGCUGAGUUCGUCUGGAACAAGCAGCAGCUGGAUAAUAUUUCUAGUGACAUCGAUCAUCUCCUAGUUGCCAGUUUACGUAUGUAUGCUCGUAGGCUGCUGGGUGCUAGCAAGGUACAAGGCAUUGAAGCUAAGGUAGACCCAGUAACAUUAGAGUGA